CGCGGUCGAGGUGGCGGCGGCGGUCAGUCCGUGACCUCGUGUGAGCUGGGGCGGACGGGGACGGUCGCCACGGGCCCAGGGUCGCGCCGCGCUGGGUCGGCGGCCACUGGAGCGGCUGAUCCUGUCCCAGACGGUGGUGACGACGGGCGCGGAGAGGACACCAUCGCCAGUCGGUGAUCGGACGGCAGGGAGCCAGGAGAGACGGAGAAAAGACGCGCAUAAAAGGACGGCAAGUGCAAGGGAAGUUGACAACAGUGUGACGGAGAGACCACUGGCGGUUGGGAGGACUGAGCGACUCAGGCGUGAGGAAGACGAACAAGGUGACAUUAAAUAGUCGAGUAACGCUACUGAUAGACUGUCUGCGAGAGUGGGAGGACUGAGCUGUCGGCGGUGGACACUGGCGAGACUGAGCAUAAGGCGGCAAACUCUGAAAAAGUGGGCUCAGAUUCGAGGUGUGAAGUUCACCCGACAGAGGAGGGAAUUGUGAAUAGACAGUCAUACCCAACGUCACGACGGCUGCGAAAGACGGAACUGCAGGUCACCUCGGGCCAGAGCGGGCCUGUCGAGUGUCGAGUCGCGUGUCCCACCCGGCGGGUCUGUACAGCACGCGGCAGCCGCGGCCCCCAGACGACCUUGCCGUUGCCUCUCAGCUGAUCGGUCGUCCGCUCGUCCGGCGGGCUCGGACCGCCUCGGCACAGCCUCCGGGCCGACCGUGACGCCAUGGCCGAGUUACGCCAGCCGCGGGCCGGGCCGCGCACGCCGCUGCUGCUCCUGACGCCGCUAUUGCACCUGCUAACGACCGUGCACAGUGGAGCGGAACAGGUUUCAGGCGACGCGCUGGUGGACCAGCUGGUCGCCAAGCACGCGCCGUUGCUGUUCCUGCACCCGGACGAGCGGUGGUUUCCCGGCGACGUGCUCGAGUUCAUCUCUCACGUGCACGUGCAGGACGGCUCGGGCCAGCGCCGGCCGGUGGUGGACGCCAGCCUGCCGGUGGGCAGCCGCAGUCUGGACACACAUCUCGUCACCAGCCUGCCGCCAGGUCUGGGCACGGAACAGGUGCGUCCCCCGCCGCACCUGCGCGGCACCAGUCCGGCCACCCGCCCGGUACCCGUCUACGUAACGGUGUCCCGGUGUGACACCGGUCAACCGACCGCCGAUCUUCUGCCAUCAUUCACGGCCACCUACUGGAUGUUUCAUCCGUUCAGCGAGGGAAAGAAGGCCGCCGGCCGGCUGCGGGGGAGUCAUGUUGGCGACUGGGAACAUGUCAGUCUUCAGGUGCAGUACGGGGAGCCGGUCUCGCUCUACAUCUCGGCUCACGAGUUCGGAGCCUACUACAACUACAACAGGGCCACCAACCUGUAUCAGUUUGCGUCGCAGGUCAACAGGGGCGGCUUCCCCGUCAGCCCGCAGUACCCACCCACGCUGCAGGUGUUCCGAACGCACCCGGUGCUGUACGUGGCCCGCGGCUCUCACGGCCUGUGGCCCUCGGCCGGGACACACGUCUACAGCCGGCUGGCGCACCUGUCCGACGUCACGGCCGCCGGCACGCCGUGGAAGACGUGGCAGCAACUGGAGCUGCUGCACCGACGGCCGCCCCAGUGGCUGAGCUUCCUCGGCCGCUGGGGCAACCCGGCCGGCUGCUGGCACCUGCUCGGCGCGCUGUGCGCCCUCAGCGGCGGACCCACCGGCAUCCCGCUCAAGGAGGCCGACUUCCAGUGUCCGGCUGAGGCUGGCGCCGCUGCGGAGCCGGGCACCGGCAGGGGCCGCGUGUACCCCUCGCGCUGGGUGCAGCUCCUCGGCCGGCGCUGAGCGGAGAGGGUACCAACGGGUAGGGGAGGGCCACCUGGGACAAUGAAUAGACCACGGGUAUACCUACUGUCGUGCGAGAGUCACUAUUGUGCAUGGAAGGUCAGCUAGGCAUAUCGUGUCUAGCAAUGGAGUACUACGGCCCAAAGAUCAUUGGUGACAAGCGCAUCCAAUGAGUUUCACAUUGGUGUGAAAAACAAAAAUAUUCGACAUGUUUUACCAGUACCAAGUGCCUAGGUGAAACGAUUUAUCGACUGGAUGGCUCUGAACAGACGAAGUUAAUUGU